AUGCCUUACCUGCAUAGGUCACUGAGGCCCCAGCUGCACCCAGUCCCCAGCAAUGCCAGGACUGUCCACUCCUCUGGUCAGAGCUUUGAGCAGCUGAGGCAAGGCUGCCUGGAGUCUGGCACCUUGUUUGAGGAUGCUGACUUCCCUGCCAGCAACAGCUCCCUGUUCUACAGCGAGAGGCCCCAGGUCCCCUUUGUGUGGAAAAGGCCAGGGGAAAUUGUGGAAAACCCAGAAUUCAUCCUUGGAGGAGCCACCAGGACUGACAUCUGCCAAGGGGAACUGGGAGACUGCUGGCUCCUGGCAGCCAUCGCCUCCCUCACCCUCAACCAGAAAGCACUGGCCAGGGUGCUUCCUCAGGACCAAGGGUUUGGCUCCGGAUAUGCCGGGAUAUUUCACUUCCAGUUCUGGCAGCACAGUGAGUGGCUGGACGUCGUGAUUGAUGACCGCCUGCCCACCUUCAGGGACCGCCUGGUCUUCCUCCACUCUGCUGACCACAAUGAGUUCUGGAGCGCACUGCUGGAGAAAGCCUAUGCCAAGCUUAAUGGGAGUUAUGAGGCGCUGAAGGGGGGCAGCACCAUCGAGGCCAUGGAAGACUUCACUGGGGGAGUGGCCGAGACCUUCCAAAUCCGAGAGGCGCCAGAGGACUUCUAUGAGAUCUUGGAGAAGGCCUUGAAGCGUGGUUCCUUGCUGGGUUGCUCUAUAGAUAUCCUCAGUGCCUCGGAAUCUGAAGCCCGCACACCCUUUGGUCUCAUUAAGGGCCAUGCCUACACAGUGACUGGGCUGGACCAGGUAAACUUCCAAGGCCAGAGAAUCCGGCUCCUCAGAGUCCGUAACCCUUGGGGUCAGGUGGAGUGGAAUGGACCGUGGAGUGACAGCUCUCCCGAGUGGCACUCUGUGAACCCGGAGGAGCAGAGACGCCUGGGACACGCCACCCUUGACGACGGGGAGUUCUGGAUGGCUUUUGAGGACUUUAAGACCCAUUUUGACAAAGUGGAGAUCUGCAACCUCACACCUGAUGCCCUGGAGGACAGCGCCCUCCACAAGUGGGAAGUGACCGUCCACCAAGGAAGAUGGGUUCGAGGCUCCACGGCUGGUGGCUGCCGCAACUUCCUGGACACCUUCUGGACCAACCCGCAGAUAAAGCUGUCCCUGACCGAGAGGGACGAGGGCCAGGAGAGCUGUACCUUCUUAGCAGCCCUGAUGCAGAAGGACCGCAGGAAGCUCAAGAGGUUUGGCGCCAACAUGCUGACCAUUGGUUAUGCCAUUUACCAGUGCCCAGACAAGGAUGGACACCUGAGUAGGGACUUUUUCAAGUACCAUGCCUCCCUGGCCCGAAGCAAGACAUUCAUCAACUUGCGAGAAGUCUCGGGCCGCUUCCAGCUGCCCCCGGGGGACUACAUCCUUGUCCCCAGCACCUUUGAGCCACACCAAGAGGCCGACUUCUGCCUGAGAAUCUUCUCGGAGAAGAGAGCCAUUACUCGGGACCUAGACGAGGACACAGACAUUGACCUUCCUGAGCUCCCAAAGCCGACUCCACAGGAGGAGGAGACGGAAGAGGAGCAGCAGUUCCGAGCCCUGUUCCGUCGAAUUGCUGGCGAGGACAUGGAGGUGACGGCUGAGGAGCUUGAGUAUACUUUAAAUGCUGUUCUGCAGAAGAAAACAGCCGUCAAGUUCAAGAAGCUGAGCCUGCUGUCCUGCAGGAACAUCAUCUCUCUGAUGGAUACCAGUGGCAACGGGAAGCUGGGGUUUGAAGAGUUCCGGGUGUUUUGGGACAAGCUGAAGCACUGGAUGAACCUGUUUGUCCAGUUCGAUGUGGACAAGUCUGGCACCAUGUCUUCCUACGAGCUGCGGACGGCACUGAAAUCUGCAGGCUUUCAGCUGAGUGGCCAUCUCCUGCAGCUGAUUGUCCUCAGGUAUGCAGAUGAGAACCUCCAGCUGGAUUUUGAUGACUACCUCAACUGCCUGGUGCGCCUGGAGAAUGCCAGCCGUGUGUUCCAGUCUCUCCGUGUGACGAACAGGGACUCCAUGCAUCUCAACAUAAAUGAGUUCAUCGGCUUGACCAUGAACAUCUGA